AUGACGCUGGUGGGUGCAAGAGACUUUGAUGUGAUAUACAAUGUAGACUUUGAUGCGAUAUACAAUGUAGACUUUGAUGCGAUAUACAAUGUAGACUUUGAUGCGAUAUACAAUGAAGACUUUGAUGCGAUAUACAAUGUAGACUUUGAUGCGAUAUAUAAUGAAGACUUUGAUGCGAUGUACAAUGUAGACUUUGAUGCGAUGUACAAUGUAGACUUUGAUGCGAUAUACAAUGAAGACUUUGAUGCGAUAUACAAUGAAGAUUUUGAUGCGAUAUACAAUGAAGACUUUGAUGCGAUGUACAAUGUAGACUUUGAUGCGAUAUACAAUGAAGAUUUUGAUGCGAUAUACAAUGUAGACUUUGAUGCGAUAUACAAUGUAGACUUUGAUGCGAUAUACAAUGAAGAUUUUGAUGCGAUAUACAAUGAAGACUUUGAUGCGAUGUACAAUGUAGACUUUGAUGCGAUAUACAAUGAAGAUUUUGAUGCGAUAUACAAUGUAGACUUUGAUGCGAUAUACAAUGUAGACUUUGAUGCGAUAUACAAUGUAGACUUUGAUGCGAUAUACAACGUAGACUUUGAUACGAUAUACAAUGUAGACUUUGAUGCGAUAUACAAUGAAGACUUUGAUGCGAUAUACAAUGUAGACUUUGAUGCGAUAUAUAAUGAAAACUUUGAUGUGAUAUACAAUGUAGACUUUGAUGCGAUAUACAAUGAAGACUUUGAUGUGAUAUACAAUGUAGACUUUGAUGCGAUAUACAAUGAAGACUUUGAUGCGAUAUACAAUGUAGACUUUGAUGCGAUAUAUAAUGAAAACUUUGAUGCGAUAUACAAUGUAGACUUUGAUGCGAUAUACAAUGUAGAUUUUGAUGCGAUAUACAAUGUAGACUUUGAUGCGAUAUACAAUGUAGACUUUGAUGCGAUAUACAAUGUAGACUUUGAUGCGAUAUACAACGUAGACUUUGAUUCGAUAUACAAUGUAGACUUUGAUGCGAUAUACAAUGUAAACUUUGAUGCGAUAUACAAUGUAGACUUUGAUGCGAUAUACAAUGAAGACUUUGAUGCGAUAUACAAUGUAGACUUUGAUGCGAUAUAUAAUGAAAACUUUGAUGCGAUAUACAAUGUAGACUUUGAUGUGAUAUACAAUGAAGACUUUGAUGCGAUAUACAAUGAAGACUUUGAUGCGAUAUAUAAUGAAGACUUUGAUGCGAUAUACAAUGAAGACUUUGAUGCGAUAUACAAUGAAGACUUUGAUGCGAUAUACAAUGUAGACUUUGAUGCGAUAUACAAUGAAGACUUUGAUGCAAUAUACAAUGUAACUCCCGUCAUCAAAAGGUGCGGGCAAGACAGUGCUACAACUCAUCAAGACGAGCCUGCAUGCAUUUAA